CCAAGCACCGCGUCACUAUUUUCACCAUGUGGAGCCAAAUUCAAGAUCGAUGGCUAAAUUGCGGAAUCCCCCCCCGAGCAACUACUGAGAGCUGGCGGCUGGUUGCGUUUCAAGCUGCAUGCAUAAAUGAGAUGAGUGACAUCUGCUGCAGCAUGGAGACCAAGCAAAGACUUGAGAAGAAGAAGCAGCAGCAGUCGCAGGUCGUGCUCGCUCUCUUCUCUGCUCUUCAUCUCUCUCCCCUGGAAGGAUGACACCCACAAAUUUGACGAAGCAGCGAAGCUCUCAGUCUGGCUGGUGGCUCCUCACCGACACCCCACAUGAAUGCGCGUACCGGACCAGGAGGUGCCGUAUUUAAGGAAAAGGAAUUAGUGCUACAACCAUCAGUUCUCCCGAACAGCGCCUCUCCUUUGAGAUUCUUUCUUAAAAACCAAAUCGUGUAUCUCUGGACACAUGUCACAGGUAGAGCAGGAGAUCUCACUUGUACAAAGAAAGAUGUCUGACCUGGAGUUAGUCCUGCAGCAGAAGGACAACGAGUUAAAGGCCUCAGAAAGUCAAAGGACGAUCCUAGAACAGGACCUGGCAACCUACAUCUCAGAAUGCAGUAGUCUAAAGCGUAGCUUGGAACAAGCUCGUAUGGAAGUGACACAAGAGGAUGACAAAGCUUUACAGCUCCUCCACGACAUCCGAGAGCAAAGUAACAAGCUUCAGGAAAUCAAAGAGCAGGAAUAUCAUGCCCAAGUGGAAGAGAUGCGAGUUUCCCUCCGUCAACUGGAGGAGGACCUAUCUGCUGCUCGGCGUCGUAGCGACUUGUAUGAAGCCGAACUGAAGGAGUCUCGGCAGAACAGUGAAGAAUUGAAGAGGAGCUACCAGCAUAGAUUGCAGAAGGCUAAAGAGCAAGGCAAAGCAGAGGCAGAUGAGCAGUUCACCAAACUCGACAAGACCAAUGCUGAGCAGCAGACAAAGAUCCAAGAUCUUCAGGAGAAGCUUACUAAGACAUUAAAAUCCAGUGCUGAAGCUACAGACCAUCUCCAAAGCAUGAAGUUGGUCAAAGAACGCCUGGAACGAGAUCUAGAGAGGCUACAGAACAAGGAAGACUCCAGUGACAGUCUACGCAGACGCCUUCGUGAGACUGAGGAUGGUAGGAAGACUCUAGAGAACCAGGUGAAAAGGCUCGAGAUCGUCGAGCGCCGUGAGACUAAAAUGAAGGACGACAUCCAAAGCAAAGGCCAGCAAAUUCAGCAGAUGGCGGAUAAAAUCAUGGUUUUUUUUGCUUACGGCUGUCUCGUCCACAUGCUAUUGAAAUUCUCCGUGUUUUAUCGCAACCAGCAUCCAGAUUACUUUGACUGCGUCAGAAAGGAGUGCGGGGGUUACAUGCGACCAGCCCUUAAAGACACCAGUGGGAGUCACGGUUCUCCGAUCAAUGGCAAGCUGCAAGGAGUCUUCUUUAGCUGCAAUACCGAGUUUGACACCGGCCUCCCCCCCAAGGACUCUCCGUACGGCCCCCUGCGCUUCCAGAUCCCGGCCGGACACCUGCUCAACCCCAACAUCUCCUUGUAUUUUGCAGACUUCUACUGCAUGUAUACAGCCUACCACUACGUGGUUGUGGUGCUGGCCCCAGUGGGCUCAGAGGGAGACAACUUCUGCAGAAGCCGUCUCCCCUUGCUGGACUUGGCCAGCAACCCCUUCUUGACGUACAGCGCUCCCCAGAGGCCGGGGGAGGAGCCGCUCUACUGCCACGCCAGUGACGUCAUCCUGGAGGUGCUUUUUACCGAGCCGGUCAGUUUGGAUGAGGGUACGGUGGAGCAAAUCAGCGGACACCAUCAGCUCAUGAGUUUGACCACGGCCAACGCCAAGAAAGACCCGAGCUGUAAAGUGUGCAACAUCAGCGUGGGCCGUUAGGCGAGAUCCAGUGCUGAAAGACAUCAUUAUGUGUAGGCCAAAACCCAGGGGAGAAACACCCACCACCUCAAGGGAGAGUGUGCAUGAUGCUUUCCUUACCCCUCCCUCCCAGGCUAGGAUAGAAUUCAAUACAAUGAUAUCUCACAUACACUAUAUUGCCAGAAGUAUUUGGCCACCUGCCUUGACUCACAUAUGAAUUAAAAGUGCCAUCCCAUUCCUAACCCAUAGGGUUCAAUAUGAUGUCGAUCCACCUUUUGCAGCUAUUACAGCUUCAACUCUUCUGGGAGGGUGAGGUCACACACUGAUGUUGGUUGAGAAGGCCUGGCUCUCAGUCUCUGUUCUAAUUCAUCCCAAAGGUGUUCUAUCGGGUUCAGGCCAGUGAAGUUCAUCCACACCAGACUCUGUCAUCCAUGUCUUUAUGGACCUUGCUUUGUGCACUGGUGCACAGCGUACUUGCCAACCCUCCCGAUUUUUCCGGGAGACUCCCGAAUUUCAGUGCCCCUCCCGAAAAUCUCCCGGGGCAACCAUUCUCCCGAAUUUCUCCCGAUUUUCACCUGGCCAACAAUAUUAAGGGCGUGCCGUGAUGGCUCUGCCUUUAUCGUCCUCUACAACCUGUCGACGCGUCCGCUUUUCCCCCAUACAAACAGCGUGCCGGCCCAGUCACAUGUUGUAUGCGGCUUCUACAUACACACGAAAGCGACUGCAAGACAUACUUGAUCAACAGCCAUACAGGUCACAAUGGGGGUGACCGUAUAAACAACUUUAACACUGUUACAAAUAUGCGCCACACUGUGAACCCACACCAAACAAGAAUGACAAACACAUUUCUGGAGAACAUCCGCACCGUAACACAACAUAAACACAACAGAACAAAUACCCAGAAUCCCUUGCAUCCCUAACUCUUCCGGGCUACAAUAUACACCCCCGCAAUCUCCCGAAUUCGAAGGUCUCAAGGUUGGCAAGUAUGGUGCACAGUCAUGUUGGAAGAGGAAGGGGCCCGCUCCAAAUUGUUCCCACAAGGUUGGGAGCAUGGAAUUGUCCAAAAUGUUUUGGUAUCCUGGAGCAUUCAAAGUUCCUUUCACUGGAACUAAGGGGCCAAGACCAACUCCUGGAAAAACAACCGCACACCAUUAUUCCACCUCCACCAAAUUUCACACUCGGCACAAUGCAGUACGAAAUGUAGCGUUCUCCUGGCAACCUCCAAACCCAGACUCGUCCAUCAGACUGCCAGAUGGAAAAGCGUGAUUCAUCACUCCAGAGAACGCGUCUCCACCGCUCUAGAGUCCAGAUUUUAUACACCUGUGGCCGGGCCAAGUGAUUAGGACACCUGAUUCUGAUCAUUUGGAUGGGUGGCCAAAUACUUUUGGCAAUAUAGUGUACCUCCAUCAUGGGCAGCUACAACACUAUACAUUCUAUUUACACACACAGCUGUUGAAAAGACUAAAGAAUCCUAUUAUAUUUUGUUUUAGUUAGUGACUAAUGUGGAGGUACCAAGCUGUAUGAACUGGAUACAACAUUUUUGGCAGCUUAAAGGAAAACUGCACUUUUUUGGGGAAUCGUCCACAAUCCCACGUCUUUCCCGUACCUGUGCGUUCUGAAUAGUGAAAAACUGCUUGUACAAGGCAGCUAACAAUGCAGGUAGUGGGGAUACGAUCUACUAAAAUACCAUCCAAAAACCACCAGUUAGAGUGAAAUAUGUGGGCAUGUCUUUGCGCGCUGGGAGCAGUGGGAUGUUUGCAUAUUUUCUAAAUAUUUACAUUUAAACUGGGUGAGACUUUUGGAUUUAACAUUUUGAUUUAGAUUCAACAUUAAUAUAUGCAUUUAACAUUUGUUUAGAUUAAACAUUUAUAAUUAGAUUCAACAUGUAUAUUUACCAUUCAUUUUAACAAUUAGAUUUAGCUUUUAACAUUUACAUUUAGAACAGAAUAGAAUAGUUAAGAAUGGAAUAAUCUUUAUUGUGAGAAGCUCUGCCAUCCGGGAGGAGCUCAAAGUAAAGCCGCUGCUCCUCCACACCGAGAGGAGCCAGAUGAGGUGGUUCGGGCAUCUGGUCAGGAUGCCACCCGAACGCCUCCCUAGGGAGGUGUUUACGGCAUGUUCGACCGGUAGGAGGCCACGGGGAAGACCCAGGACACGUCGGGAAGACUAUGUCUCCCGGCUGGCCUGGGAACGCCUUGGGAUCCCCCGGUAAGAGCUGGACCAAGUGGCUGGGGAGAGGAAAGUCUGGGCUUUCCUGCUUAGGCUGCUGCUCCCGCGACCCGGCCUCGGAUAAGCGGAAGAAGAUGGAUAGAUGGAUGGAUGGAUGGAUGGAUGACCACAGAAGUGGAAAAAUGUCUUUGGCUCACCAACGUAGGUGACAGACUUCACUAAA